AUGCCGUACGGCGUGACGUAUAUAUACCAUCUGGCUAAACACAAGCCGGCGUCAAUGUCAAGUGAGUAUGGCAGUACUUGGACUGCUGGCAGAGCUGUCGACGGAAAUAUAUAUACAUUAAGUCGCUCAAAGAGGGAAGCAAACCCAUGGUGGCAAGUGGACCUAGGAAAAGACUCAAUAGUUUACAAGGUGGAUGUAAGAAGCCAGUCAAUCAAUUCCAUUGGCGCAAAAUACGCACUGAUCACCGUCCAAGACUCGCACAAUGUUGCUGAAAUUUGUGGAUAUACUGGAGAUUUUAGAAUCCAAGUGGAAGUUUUUUGUCAACCUCCUCUGUUGGGAAGAUACGUCAAAUUGCAGCUACAUCGCACUAGUGAUAUAAUCUUCCGGGAAGUGUUAGUAUGGGGAAGAAAAAACACUAUUACACCAUGA